AUGAUCGUCAGAGCGGCUCGAAUAGCGAUGCUUUCGCGCAAAUCGUCGCUGCUGCGACCCAAUGCGACGAAUUGGCUGGAAUGCGCGACAACUCGCAAUUCGUCGCCAGUCUUCGCGCAGAAUGUCGGUGCAGGGGCGAGAAGGGUCGCCCGUGUUACCACGCAGACCGCGGGGGUGAUUUCCAGCGUGAUCCGCCUUGCGCCUUCCGCCGACGCAAGCCGCGGAGGAAAAGGAGACGACAGCGGGCGGAGCGACGCGAAGAGGCGCAGGGACGGGCAGGCGGAGCAGCGGCGAGGGGAGGGGGGAGCCCGGGCGGAAGAUGAGGGUUGUUUGACUGACGAGGAGGAGGAGGGGCAUCGGCGGAGGGUGCGUUUGGGGAAGGAGCGGCGGCUGGGGCAGCCGUGGAACUCCGGGAUUUCCCCCGCCGGCCAGCGCGCGUUCCGCCGCCUGCUACUCGGCGCGGACGGGGAGCGGGGAAAGGCGGAACGGGGGCGGGCGGGCGAUGGGCGCGCGGAUGGUCCCGGAUGCGAUGAGGGCGGACGCGCGCUGGAGCUCCGCGGAACGGGCGGGGAAUUGACGGAGAAAGGGGAAGGGGAAUCGUUGGGGGAGAUAUACGCGAGUGAUAUUAUGACGAUUUUGAAGGGGUUGGGGAACAAGGGGCGGUGGCGGGAUGCGCUUGCGGUGUUUCACUGGCGCGCGGGUGCGGAAAGAUCGGCGGAAGCUGCGCGUAGGGGGAAGAGGCAUGGCGUGACGCGCUGGGCGUAUAAGCGUUACCCGCUCCCCGUCCCCCUUUCCCCCGUUGAUUCCCCCGCUACCCUUUCCCCCACUCCCCUCCACCCCUUCCCCUACCCUUUCCGCGCACUCCCCCCGCGGGAAGCGGACGAUCUGUUCCGCGCGCUCGUGGCGGACGGAUGCCGCGAUGAUGAGCGCGCUUUCACUCCUUUUCUGCCCGGUGCCUUACCAGCAGCAGCAGUUUCAGCAUCCCUGGCGCCAGAAGCAGCAGCAGCAGCAGCAGCAGCAGCAGCAGCAGCAGCAGCAGCAGCAGCAGCAGCAGCAGCAGCAGCAGCAGCAGCAGCAGCAGCAGCAGCAGCAGCAGCAGCAGCAGCAGCAGCAGCAGCAGCAGCAGCAGCAGCAGCAGCAGCAGCAGCAGCAGCAGCAGCAGCAGCAGCAGCAGCAGCAGCAGCAGCAGCAGCAGCAGCAGCAGCAGCAGCAGCAGCAGCAGCAGCAGCAGCAGCAGCAGCAGCAGCAGCAGCAGCAGCAGCAGCAGCAGCAGCAGCAGCAGAGGAUCGCAGCAGUGACAGGCUGAAACCGACACGUGUCACGUACAACGCACUGCUGGGCUUGUACGGGAAGGUAGGCCACGUGGCACUCGCCCAUUCGGUGCUGGAUAUUUACGGAAAGAACAAGCUCUUUGCUGACGUGGCAUGGGUUAUGGAUGAGCUGGCAAGGAGCGGGAUCAAGCCCGACAUGGUGAUGUGGAACACCCUGAUUUGCUGUUACGGCCAGGCGCAGAUGCUGCCGAAAGUCGAGGCUACAGUAGACGUAAUGCGGAGAUCCGGCUGCCGCCCGAAUCGGCGCACCUACAUCGGUCUGAUCGACGCGUUUGGACGGGUUUUGGUGUACACGCCAGUGUUCCCUUGCGAGCCCUGCUGCACAGCAGUGCUUUCUAGGUAUCGCGCGCCGAUAGCGCCGUGCUUCCUCCGCCGCUCCCUUCACGCGCUCCCCCCGAGCGGCCUCCGCGGCCGCCCGCUCACACUUCCGCCGAGCUACGCGCGCGGAGGCUCUUCCCGCCUCGCGCAUUUUCUUUCUCCGCGCGCGGAGGUUCCCGCGACGUCUGUAUCGGCGGAAGCUGCGCCAGCGGCCCUAGCCGCGGAUGGGACACGCGCGGAAGGGGAACAGCUGCGGAGCUGUGGGGCUGGGGAGAGCGGGAAGACUCCUAAAGCCGGGACGCUGACGUUUCAGGACGCAAUUCAGCGACUCCAGGAGUACUGGGCGGGCGUGGGGUGCGCGGUGCUACAGCCGAGCAGCACGGAGGUGGGAGCGGGCACCAUGAAUCCCGCUACGUUCCUGCGCGUGCUGGGCCCCGAGGCGUGGCGAGUAGCGUACGUGGAGCCCUCCAUGCGCCCCGACGACAGCCGCUUCGGGGACAACCCCAACCGCGUGCAGCGCCACACGCAGUUCCAGGUCAUCCUGAAGCCCGACCCAGGCAAUGCACAAGAACUCUACCUGGGAAGUCUAGCAGCGCUGGGCAUCGACAGCAAGCAGCACGACGUGCGGUUUGUGGAGGACAACUGGGAGUCGCCCGUGCUCGGCGCCUGGGGGCUGGGAUGGGAGGUGUGGCUCGAUGGCAUGGAGAUCACCCAGUUCACCUACUUCCAGCAGGCAGGGGGCAUGCCGCUAUCACCAGUGUCGGUGGAGAUCACAUACGGCCUGGAGCGCAUCAUCAUGAGCCUGCAGGGCGUUGACCAUUUCAAGCGCAUCGCCUAUGCGCCAGGUGUGACCUACGGGGAGCUGUUUCUGGAGAACGAGAGGGAGAUGAGCUGCUUCAACAUGCAGGAGGCGGACACGGAGAGGGUCAAGCAGCGCUUUGAUCUCUACGACGCUGAGGCACAGGCGCUUAUCAAUAAGCAGCUGGCCAUCCCCGCGUUCGACCACGUCCUUAAGACGUCCCACGCUUUCAACAUUCUGGACGCCAGGGGUGCUGUGGGAGUCACUGAGAGAGCCCGCUUUUUCGGCCGUAUGAGAAGCCUGGCGCGUCAGUGCGCCCAAUUAUGGGUCGACACGCGGGAGAAGCUCGACUUCCCAUUGGGCCGGGCGGAUGAUGACGUGGCACAGCCAACAGGCGACACGUGGCCGUCUGCUGACGUGGCAGCGCAGGACGGUGCGGCGAGUGCGGGCGGCGAGGAGGCGGGGGAGGGCAAGGGGCGGAUGCUAGUGGUGGAGAUCGGUACAGAGGAGUUGCCUCCUGAUGACGUCAGCAGCGCUGUUGCACAGGUGGGUAGGGACCAGCCGUGGAUGAAUCAUGAAGCAUCCACUACCCGCCCGCCUGCCGUGGUAGCAGGAAGCCACUACCCGCCCGCCUGCGCUGCUGCUACGCCCACUUGGGUGGCCAGGCCGUCCCUCCUCUGCUCUACUCGACUGCCUGCGAAGAUGGAGGGCACACUCAGGGUGGCGGUGCAGGUGGCGGGGCUGGCAGCGUGGUGGGACUGUGGUGGGACUGUGGUGGGACUGUGGUGGGACUGUGGCGGGACUGUGGCGGGACUGUGGCGGGACUGUGGCGGGACUGUGGCGGGACUGUGGUGGGACUGUGGCAUCACAUGGGUGAUGGUUCUUCUCAUCCUCAUUGUGCUCCCCCCCACCCAACUCUGCCUUUCCCUCCCCUGCCAGCGACUGCUAUCCGAACUCUGCGUGCGGAGGGCACUCCCAGGAGGGUGGCCGUGCAGGUGUGCCCGCCCAUUCUCAUCCCUACUGUGCUUCCCGCCCCCCUUCACCCUUCCUCUUCCCCUUCUCUUCUCCACCCUCUGCCAGUUGCAAGCAGCAAUCCCGCCGCUGCUUGAUCGCCUGCGACUGCCUUACAGCUCAGUGAGAGUGGAGGGCACUCCCAGGAGGAUCGCAGUGCAGGUGGUGGGACUGGCAGCGUGGCAGCAGCGCGAGCAGCGGGAGGUGCGGGGGCCGCCGGCUAACAAGGCAUUUGACAAGGACGGCAAGCCCACUAAGGCGCUAGAGGGCUUCUGCAAGCGUAACGCGGUAACCGCAGAGGCGGUAACCACGCGUGCGGACGACAAGGGCGUGGAGUAUGUGUGGGCGAGUGUGAGCGAGGAUAGCCGACCCGCGUGGGCCGUGCUGGGGGAGCAGCUGCCUGGUGUGAUUGCGGGCAUCGCGUUUCCCAAGACCAUGCGGUGGAACUCACAGGUUGCGUUCAGCCGCCCCAUCCGGUGGCUACUCGCUAUGCACGGCGACACGGUGGUGCCCUUCGCCUAUGCAGGCCUGGCGUCAGGCAACGAGUCGUGGGUGCUGAGGAACGCGCCAGAGACGAGGGUGCAGCUACCAUCUGCAGAGGAGUAUGCCGCAGCCAUGGCAGGUGCCGGCAUCACCCUCUCUAUUCAGGAGCGUAAAGACGCAAUCUGGGCGGCUAGCAAUGAGUUGGCAGCGUCAGUGGGAGGAAGCAUCCCGGAAGAUGCACGAGGCGACCUCCUUGCUGAGGUGGCGAACCUGGUGGAGUCGCCCGUGCCGCUUCUAGGAAGCUUCGACCGCAGCUUCCUUGACCUGCCGCCCGAGGUGCUCGUGAUGGUGAUGAGGAAGCAUCAGAGGUACUUCCCGGUGCAGGACGUAGCUUCUGGGAAGCUUCUUCCGUACUUUGUGGCGGUGCCGAACGGGCGGCUGGACGAAGCUGCAGUGCGGGCCGGCAACGAGUCGGUGUUGCGGGCACGCUACGAGGACGCGCGAUUCUUCUACAACAGCGACACUGCGCAUCCACUGGAGUCCUUCCGGGAGAAGCUCAAAGGCAUUACCUUCCAGGCGAAACUGGGGUCAAUGUUGGACAAGAGCGAGCGUAUAGAGGCCAUAACGCCGCUCCUCUGCACCGCUCUGCACCUCUCUCCAUCGGACUCCGCCGCGGCGCAGCAGGCAGCGCGGCUGUGCAUGGCUGACCUUGGGAGUGCCGUGGUGAUGGAGUUCACCGGGCUGGCGGGGAUCAUGGGGAGACAUUACGCCGAGAGAGAGGGAUUGGGAGAGGAGGUGAGCAGGGCCAUAUUCGAGUGUGUGCUGCCGCGCUCAGCAGGUGAUCAGCUGCCCACCACAGCCCCUGGCCUCGUGCUCUCGCUCGCCACCAGGCUCGACAGUCUCGUGGGCCUCUUUGCAAUCGGCUGUGAGCCCUCCGCCUCGGCUGACCCCUUCGGUCUCCGCCGCUCCGCAUACGGCCUUGUGGAAGCCCUGGUGGCGAGCAACACGGAUCUGCACCUCUCCACGGCCCUGCAGGCAGCAGCGUCCGUGCAGCCUGUGGAAGUCACCCCUGCGACACUUGAGCAGGUGGAGUCCUUCAUAGUGCGCCGCCUGGAGCAGUUCCUGGUGGACCGCGGGGCGGCCGUGGAGGCGGUGCGCAGCGUGCUGGAGGAGAGAGGCUCUGUGCCCGCCCUCGCUGCUCGAUCCGUGGCGGAGAUGGAGGAGCUGCAGGCGUCUGGGCAGCUUGAAAAGAUCGUGGCAGCGUAUGCGCGGCCAACGAGGAUCGUGCGCGGGAAGGAGGUGGAUCUGGAAUGGCAGGUGAGGGAGGAGCUAUUUGAGUCGGAUGCGGAGAGGACUCUGUGGGACGCCUUCAAGCACGUGGAUGCUGAGGUCUCCAGUGACAUGAGCGUCAAGGCAUUCGCCGAUGCAUCCAUGGCUCUCAUCGACCCGCUGGAAGGCUUCUUUGCAAACGUGUUCGUCAUGGCGGAGGAGGAGCAGCUGCGCAAGAACCGCCUGGCGCUGCUCAGCAGGAUUGCGAGACUGCCAGAAGGCAUUGCUGACCUCACUGUGCUGCCUGGGUUCUAG